CGUGCUUCAGCAAUUUCUCUUACACGCAGAGAAUCCAAAGAUUAAAGCUGUGUCUACAUGCAAACCUCUCAAACUCCUCUUACACAUAUAUCUGACCUUCAUUUUCUUUUCCGUACUAGCUCAAGUCUCAUCCUCUUUCUUCGUUGAUUGAUCAACCUGAUUGAACGCAUCAGAGGGAAGCAGCAUGCCACUAAAUGCUUUCAUGGUAGGCAAGUAAAGAAUAAGAUUCUGUCAGGUUUUCCUUAGCUGGCUUUUUGCAAAUGAGUAUGACCACAGACCUUCCUUUGAUAGAUCUUUCCUCCUUGAAAGAUCAUUCUUCAAGAUCUCAAACACUUGAGAAAAUUCAGAUUGCGUGUAAAGAAAUUGGUUUCUUUCAGGUUAUAAAUCAUGGAGUUUCUCACUCUGUUAUCAAAGAUGCCAUAGACACUUCAAUGGAGUUCUUUGACAUGUCUGAUGAGGAAAAGAUGAGUUUUGCUUCAGAUGAUAUUUAUAAGCCUGUGAGAUAUGGGACGAACAUCACAAAUCCUCACAGAGAAGGUUACCUACAGAGAAGUUUCCUCAAGCUCUACUGUCAUCCAAUCUCACAUUGGAUCCAUAUGUGGCCUUCAAAUCCUUCAAAUUACAAGGAAAAGAUGAGAGAGUAUGUGGUGGCAGUGCAAGCUCUAAACCAGCUACUAAUGGAUAUUGUUAUAAAAAGCUUAGGAUUAAACCCUAGUUACAUACAAGGAGAAAUCGACCAAGGAAUGCACGUCGUGCUCGUGAACUUCUAUCCCCUUUGUUCUGAGCCACAAUCUCUUUCAGGCUUGGCUCCCCACACUGAUCAUGGCUUACUUACUAUUGCACUUCAGAGUCAUCCAGGGCUACAAAUUAAGAACCCUAAUGACAAGUGGGUUGAUGUGCCAUUAAUUGAAGGAGCUUUGUUAGUGCUUUUGGGAGAUCAAAUGGAAGUAAUGAGCAAUGGAAUAUAUAAGAGCGUGACACAUCGAGCGACAAUUAGUAAUAAUGCAGAUCAGAAUCGAAUUUCCAUAGCAAGUUUCUGCAGUUUUGCAUUAGAGGAAAAAGUUAGGCCAGCUCCAAUGCUGGUGGAUGAAGAACACCCAUGCCUGUACAGAGAAUCUAGCGUCAAAGAAUAUUUUGACUUUGUUUCAAGCAAUGGUACACAAAAAAUAAGGUUCAUUGAUACCCUGAAGAAGAAUCUCGUGAAAGAACAUGCCUAGCUUUUAUUUAUUGGAAUGUGUGAAUGACUGUAUAUCCUAUAAUAUACAAGAAGAAUCUGGUUGUUUCA